AUUAAAAAGAAAAGGAUAAUUUACCUAAGUCCAGUGUUACCCCAUUCAAACCAAAACCUGCUUCAAGGCUCACCGUACUCCCUCCGUCUCCUUCGCGCCGGAAUCGCCUCCGGCAGCGGCGGAGGGCAUAUCAUCACUUUCGUUACACCAUUAAGACCGUCUCUUCGUCCUCUAUCACAAAUCAACCUCAAUGCCUCUCAAUUUUCAGUCAAACAUCCAAACCAAACCAAAAUCAAAUGAACCCUAACUCACUAAAUCUUGAAUUAAACGCGAGCAAAGGGAGAUUCGGAGACCAAACCAUAAGGGAUUGGCUCCAUGGACUACAAAAUACACCAUAGUAAGGAGAAUCGAUCGAGAAAAAUGGAAUUUCACCAACCUGUAAGACGGCGGAGUGGCCCGGUGAAAAUUGAAUUCAGAGCGAACGAACAUGAAGAUGAAGGCGCCUUCAGGUUUUAGUUGCCUAGUUAUUCGCAGCUUUGGAUUUUUCUGCUAUGCAUAUGCUGCUGUUGGGCAUUGCCUUGCUUGAAUAUUUGAAAUCGAUUUCUGGAACUGCUGUUGGAUUAUUGAUGCAAGAUUAUGGAUGUUGGCUUUCGAUGAAGUUAGUUUUAGUUGAGUUAUCAGUUAAAUUUGGUUGAUAUAUUUUUACUUCUGUUAGCAGGUUUGGAUAUGUUAUGACUUUCAUGUGCUGUGGAGCUUUUGGAGGUGUCCUGUUAAUAGAGAAAAGGUUAGAGUGAAAUUGCUAAGUUGUUGGUUAGACUCACUUGUUAGAAUUUGAAAACAAUUACAGUUUGGAUGUGAUUAAAGGAAAAAGUUAGAAAUUAUUUGCAAGCUUGGUCUGGACUUAGCAAUUAUUUGGAAGUUAUGUGUUAGUUAACAGUUAGCAAAUCAAGAGAAAGUUAGUGGAGAGUUUUAACAGUAUUAAAUCCUAAGUAUUAAUAUAAUACAUAUGUCUAAUCAGGAUGAUGUUCCCCCGCGAUAUGCUGAUACUGGUGCUCGUCAAUCAAGAGCUCGAAUGGAAUAUGAUUAUGGGGGCAGUGCUUCACAGUAUGGUGAUGCUUAUGGUGAUAGAGUUGGAAGAUCAAAUCUUGGAUAUGGCAGUGGCAGCCGAAGUUCUAUUUCUGGUCAAGAAUCACAUGGGAUGUAUAGCAGUCGGCAGGGAACAGGUUAUGGUGGAGGAUCUUAUGGUGGCAGUGAUGUUGGAGGCAUGUACUCGUCAAGUUAUGGUGGUGAUUACGUUUCUCGUGGAAGUGAUGUUGGCGGCAGCUCAUAUUCGUCAAUGUAUUCUGGCAGAGGUGCCGGCGGCGGUAGCAGUUACAUGGGCAGCGGUGGAUCUGGAUCUUAUUAUUGAGGUAAGUAAGCCGAUAACUCUUUGGCAUUGAACUUUGUGUAUUACAUUAGAAUGCAUAGGGUAUAGAUAUAUUUUUCUAGAGAUUUCGCUAUACCUAUACUCGAAAUGGUAUCUCUUAUCUUUUCGCAAGGGCUGGCGAAGGUUGGACAUUAUGGUCACCAGUGAAUUUGUCUAUUAACAGAUCUAUUAUAAUAAAGUGGCUGCCAUAGGAUGAUGGCCUUUGAAGCUUAUGGAUGUUAUGAAGCCUACAAUUUGGAGACAAAGGAACAUUGCUAUUUAUAGCAAUAUAUUUGGGAAUUUGUCGCAAAAAAGAGCGUCAUGUCAAUCCAAGCUAUCUUGGGUCUUCUCUAGAUGGGAUGUAAUAUAUCAGUUCUUGAUUUUGUGCUGUAUGGAGUCAAGUUAAUGAGAGACGGAAAAAGAAAUAUUUAGCAGUGAUGUGUAAUCAAACCUUGAUUUAUGAUACCAUUUAUGGGCAGAUAAUGUUAAAGAUUUGUCACUGCUCUUCCUUUCAUUUGGACAGAGACCAAGGCUAGGGAUGCCUUCUUGUUUGGUUAAGGAUUAAUGGAAUUUUUAUCUGCUGAAUUUAUCAAAAAGUUGGUUCUCUA